CCCACAUAACAAGAAAAUUUGAAUACACCAUCCAUUUUGAUUUUUUCAUCAUUAUCAUUCCCACCGAUUCUUUGAACAUGGAAAGUGAAAUUUCUUGGAGCAGAGAAGAAGAGAAAGCUUUUGAAAAUGCAAUUGCUAAGCAUUGGACUGAGGAAGAAGAUGAAUCUGAAGAACUCUGGGAAAUGAUUGCUUCUUUGGUGCCUACUAAAAGUGUUCAAGAACUGAAACUACACUAUCAAUUACUUGUAGAGGAUGUUAAUGCAAUAGAGGCAGGAAACAUACCACUUCCUAACUAUGUGGGAGAGGAAACAUCUUCUUCAGCUAAGGAUUCUCACGGAAUUUCUGGGGCUGUGGCUGCAGAAAAGAGAUUGAAUUGUGGUUAUGGAAGUGGGUUUUUGGGUUUAGGACAUAACUCGUCUGGACAUGGAGGAAAAGGAGGAUCUCGGUCGGACCAAGAAAGAAAAAAAGGGAUUCCAUGGACAGAAGAAGAGCAUAGGUUGUUUCUGCUAGGUCUUGAUAAGUUUGGAAAAGGUGAUUGGAGAAGCAUAUCAAGAAACUUUGUGAUAUCAAGAACUCCUACACAAGUUGCAAGCCAUGCUCAGAAAUAUUUCAUUCGCUUGAACUCAAUGAACAGAGACAGGAGAAGGUCUAGCAUCCAUGACAUUACUAGUGUAAACAAUGGAGAUGUGUCGUCUAAUCAGCCACCAAUUACUGGUCAACAAGCUAACUCAAACCCAGCAGCAGCUGCUGCUAUGGGAUCUAAAGUGAAGCAUAGCGUUCAGCCCCAUAUGCCUGGGUUGGGGAUUUAUGGUGCACCAGUUGGGCACCCAGUUGCUGCUCCUCCAGGCCACAUGGGUUCAGCUGUUGGGACCCCUGUUAUGCUUCCUCAUGGACACCAUCCUCCCUAUGUUGUUCCUGUUGCUUACCCAGUGGCACCACCACAAACCAUGCACCAAUGAGACUGUGAUGGAUUCAACAGAGACAAAUUCUUUUAGCUGGGUAUUAAGACAGAGAUUUAUUGAUGUAGAGUAGUAACAUAAUAAUUUAGCAUAUUAUCUACCUUGUCUGAUUGCAUUGUAAGGCAAAAAUAAUCCAAAUGCACUUUUGAACUUUUGAUAGAAGAAUAACAACUGUGAAUUCUUUGGCAA